CAUUUAAUUAAUAUCCAUAGACAUAUACACUUAAAGAGUUGGACUUUUACACACAUCAAAGUAAAAAUACAUAGUUACUACAGUAAUUACCUCAACUUCUGCAAUGAAGAUGUUGAGUUCUACUAGUAUGUGGAAAUCUAGCAUACUCCACCAACAAAUUCAAGGUAGUAAAGUUUUCUCAAGGUGGCCAUUUCAGCAGUAUGUUGUGAGUAUAAUUUUUUUAUUUAACCUUUAUGCACCUAACAGGUUGGAAAAUGCACCCCAAAAAAGAAAGUGUCUGAACUAGACCAAUAUGUUUUUCUGAAACUUAAACAUGUCCUUUUGCUGAUAGAAUACUACAAAAUUAAAAAUAUAUACUCCCCCCUUCCUGAGCCAGGAAGAACAUCUAUUACUAAAGUGAAAGUGAAUCAUUUGUCAACCUCUGAAAGUUUCUGCCUGCCACGUUUGAAAGCUGUGUCGACUGUUAGAAUCAACACCAUCAAAGUUUGCAGUUUAUUCCACAUCCUGUACUGAGACAUGGCUAAUCGUGAAGUCUCUGGAAUGGAUAUUAUAAUAACAAAUAAGAUGAAACUCAUUGACUGGCUUCGAGUAGAUCCAACGUACAUUCUUCAACAUCUGCAUUGUAAAGGCAUUAUCAAAGAAAGGGAGAGAUCAAAGCCUUAUGAGUGUCCCAGAGCCGGAGAAUAAAGUCAUCAAACUGCUUGAUAAGAUCAUUGGCAAAAAGGAAAAAAUAUGUCUCCAGUUCCUUGAUACUCUCAAAGAACUUGAUGUGAAUGAAGUCUACCCGGAACUUCAGCAGUGGAUAACCACCUUAGACUUACCAGCUCAACAGGAUAACUUCCCUCAGCAUUGGGAUACCAAGCCAGCCACCACUUCUGUCCGCCUCCACCUUAUCCAUCCAGGAAGCUCAGAGUAUAAUGAAGUCCAAGGCCUGUUUCGGAAUACUUGUCCAGACAAGGAAAUUGAAAAAAUUGAAAGGGUCCAGAACCCAAACUUGUGGAAAAGCUUCCAGAUCAAGAAACAAGACAUCAAUGACAGGAAUGAUGGCAUUCUCAAUGAGAGACGUCUUUUCCAUGCAACCAGUCACACAACCAUAGCUCACAUCAACGACCACGGGUUCAAUCGGAGCUACGCUGGAAAAAAUGAUGCACUGUAUGGAAAUGGCACCUACUUUGCAGUCAAUGCCAGCUACUCUGCUGAUGAUGAAUUCUCCAAGCCGGAUGGUGAAGGGAGGAAGUUGAUGUACUUGUGUCGUGUUCUGACUGGACACUUCACAAAGGGAGAACCAGGGAUGAUAGAACCUCCAUUUAAAGACGGUUCAGUGAUUCGGCGCUACGAUAGUACGACAAACGACCCAUCUAAUCCAACAGAGUUCGUAGUCUUCCACGACUGUCAGGCAUAUCCAGAGUACUUGAUCACUUUCUUAAGGGUCUAGAGCAACUGUUAUCACUCAAAACCACUCUUGGAAAUCCAUUGUUAAAAUCUAGUUUUGAGACCAGCAAAAAUAACCAAAAGAAGUUCCCAUUUUCCUUGAAUGUCUUGCUUACAUUGCUAAAUCAUUAAGCUUCAACUUUUCCUACACACGCACAUUAGUACAUUAAUCUUAUAAUCACUCGGUUAUACAUUUUCAGGGUGAAAUCAUUUAGUCAAAACUUUAAUCAUAUCAUUUCCAUUACAGUUGUGUUUUGUGUGAAUGUGUAGAAUACGUAAAUGUAACCCAAACACAGUUCCAUUGUGAUAAUUGCAUUGUUACUGUAUCUGUGUUUCAUAUCAUAAACACGUCUCACCCUGCAAGAGAAAUAAUUUCAGGAAGAUGAAGCCACCAUUUGAAUUAAACCUGUUAGACCACCAAAACAUCAUUGAUGGUUAAGGGCUUGUAAGUAAGCAUUUCACUGUAAGGUCCACACUUGUUGUAUUUGGCACAUGUGACAAAUACAAUUUAAUUUGAUUUUGAUUUGAUUUGUAUUACACAUAGAUCUACUGAACAUUAUUCAUAAUAACGUAAGAAAGUAAGAAAGAAGAAAGAAAGCAGGAGACAUUUGCUUGGUGAAUACUUGUGUAUUCUCCAUGUAAUGGUACACUGUAGGGUCAUAUUGUACCUGCAAAUGCUUACUGUCAAUGUCAGCUUACAAAGGCUCCAGGUUUGGUCCCUCCAGGUACUCCCAUCCAUGCAUACCUUGGAGAUGAAGUGAAUAGAUGUUUAAUAGCUGUGUUGAACGACUACAGAACCACAAUGGCUCACACAUCAACAGCUCCUCCAUUUACAAAGUCAAAUAUAUUACAGCUAGGCAGCUGCUAUUGAUCCUGACCAUUAGUUGUUUUAUCUGUACUGGCAAACCCUGCAUUUUUUUGAAUAGUUGAUUUUCGCUGUAGUAAGGUGAAUUAAAUAGACACACUGAUAUCAGUCCGUUAAAAUACAACUUGAGCUCUUGUUGUGGUGUGUAUGGUUUUAAACCACUAGAGGUCCAUAGAGUCAAAGGUCUGCUUUGUAUUUCAUAAACAAAACAAAACAGGUUAGAAAUUCAUGAGAUCUUGUUGUUAAAAGCGUUUUUUAAUUGUGAUCGAAACGAAGACUUAUAGUGUGGACACAUCCUUUCAAUGACCAAUGAUGACCCUUUGAAUAAUGACCCUGUAUUCAGAAAAUGUACUGUGUGAAAUAACUGUCCUGGUGCUCAGAGUCUCAAAAACAUGAGAUCCAUUGUCAAUAAAAUUGAAAUACAUUUUAAAAUAAAA